UAGAUAUUCAACGUGAGGUACCGACUCUCUCGCUCAGCUCUCCGCCUCCGACAACUUUUCCCUCUGGGUCUCUAAGCCUCUUCGGGGAGAAUUUGAAGUCGAAACAAAGACAACUUCUUUUUUUGGGAAGGGCCUGUCGUUGAAAUUAUACGUACGUGUUUCAUGCUGUAUCCGUUAGUCCUCUGUUCGCUUUUGUUCAGUUCUCCAAACUUGUGAUACUUUUUUAGCGCCUGAUCCCUCUGGCACUCUCCUAUACAAGAGAUCUGUUCAUACGGAUGCGUUGGGGAUGACAGAGAUUUUUGAGCAAUUUCGAGAGACUAGUGAAUAGUUCGAUUCUUAUUUGCAUUGAAAGACAUGAGAAGUGAAGUUUGGAGAUGGGUGAUAGGGUUGAUAUACAUUCUAGCUGUUGCAACCAUAUGGGUUGCCGCCAGUUUUGUGGUUCAGUCUGUUGUAAGUGGAGGAGUUUCGCCAUUUCUCAUAACAUACAUUUGUAAUUCAUUGUUUGUGGUUUAUCUUCCCCUUGUAGAGGUUGGCCGUUAUUUUGAAGAUAAAUAUGGAAAUAUAUUGUUUUGGAGAAAAAAAGAGCAUAGCUCUUUGCCUUUGCAAAAAUUGGGGGAAUCUGAGAACGCCAUCCUUCUUGGAGAUUGUAGUGUAGUUGCAAAAUCCAGCAGAUCGGCGCCAUAUGCUGUUGUGGAAGAUGGAACAAACAGUCAGCUUGGAAGAGCAACUAAUUUAGGUCCAGAGGAUGCACUCGAUGGACUUGAAAAUAACUCUCCUGAGAGUAUCAUUCCUGAUCAAGAAGCUAUUGAAGAUGCUGAUAAAGGGUUGGAUGCAAAAGGGCGUUGGACACGCACCAGAGUGGCAAAGGCCAGUCUGAUAAUUUGCCCAUUUUGGUUUUUUGCACAACUAACUUUUAAUUUCUCGUUGAAGUAUACAACAGUCACAUCAAAUACCAUCUUGAGCAGUGCAUCCAGCCUCUUCACUUUUUUGGUAUCUCUAGUAUUCUUGGAUGAGAAGUUCACUUGGGUAAAACUAUUCAGUGUUCUACUUUGCAUGGCGGGGUCCAUAACUGUCAGCUUGGGUGAUUCAGAAUCGGCUCAAAGUGCUGCUGCUUCAAACCCUCUUCUCGGAGACAUUCUUGCUCUUGUCUCAGCUGGACUGUAUGCUACAUAUAUUACACUUAUUCGGAAGAAGCUGCCUGAUGAUGAUGGAAAAAGUGGUCAUGCUAGUAUGGCACAGUUCCUUGGAUUUUUAGGGUUUUUCAAUCUCCUCAUUUUCCUUCCCGUGGCCCUAAUGCUCAACUUCAGUAAGCUAGAGCCUUUUAGUAAGCUAACUUGGGAUCAGUUUGGUCUAGUUGUAGGAAAAGGUUUGUUAGACAAUGUGCUGAGUGAUUAUCUAUGGGCAAAGGCUGUUCUCCUGACAACAACAACAGUAGCAACAGCAGGGCUUACAAUUCAAGUUCCCUUGGCGGCCAUAAUAGAUACAUUGACAGGAAAUGCUCCUCAUCUCAUAGAUUAUGUUGGAGCUCUUGCUGUCAUGGUAGGGUUUGCCGGCAUCAACAUCCCUUCUGAGACUUGGGGUGGCUCAAAAGAAGCCAGGCAUGAAUUUGAAGAAGUUGUUACUUUAACUGAUGAAAAUCAUGCUACUUCACUGACUGGUUAAGACAAAACAGCAAUAUCAUAACAUGUAAGAUUUUCCAAGUUAUUUGGUAUUUUUUCAUGUCUGAGGGAUACAUCAGCAGCGUCUAUACUUAUCUCCGAUCUAGGUUUUUUUUUGUGCUCUUUUCUCUAACUAGUUUUUUCCAUCCAUUAAAAUAAAUACAUGUGAACAGAUAUGACUUCGUGAUGUUUGAGGUAUAACUGUAAUUCUCUUAAAUUUA